GCAACAUAUUUAUCAUCAUGACGUCAGUGUGCAUAUGAAGGUGUACAAUCAUACUCAGCUGAGUGAUAUUCUGGUAUUUUGCCUGUAAUUUUGUAUCAGUAAAUCUCAACAGCGCCAAAUCGAAAGCAGAACAAGUAGGGUAUAAACUUGCUCUGUCGAUUUAGAGGAUAGAGUACUAUUCAACGUGAUCGCCACAAGAGAACGAUUCUGUUUUUAAAAGGAAGUAGGAAAACUGCGGGGAGAAUUGUCCAGAUCCAGUGUUGGGAGCUGGGAGGCCCGACCCACCUCGGACUCGAGUCGGAGCGAGAUCGCUCGUCGUGUAAAACCUGCACUUGCAUUUGUGAGUUGUGCGGUUCUUGGCUUGUAUUUUUGUAACGUGGUUUAAUUCUACGAGAAAGUGAAUUGAAUCGGUUCCACUUUAAAGCCAUACACCUUCAUUUUCCCUCUCGUAAACAGUUUUUGUUGCUCGGCCUAAGGCUAAGACUAAGUAAGGCCUAAAUAACUGAAAAAAUGAGUGGAUUCAGUAUAUUCGGGAACAAGAAGAAGAAGGAGCCGGCUGUUUCUUCUGCAGAAGCUAUCCAGAAACUGAGAGCAACAGAAGAAAUGCUUAUGAAAAAGCAAGAGUUCUUAGAAGGAAAAGUAGCAAAGGAACUUCUAAUAGCAAAACAGAAUGGAACAAAAAAUAAGAGAGUUGCUAUUCAGGCACUGAAGAGGAAGAAAAAGUACGAGAAGCAACUGGCCCAAGUUGAUGGAACAUUGACUACAAUAGAAACACAGAGAGAUGCACUAGAAAGUGCUCAUUCAAAUGCAGAGGUCCUCAAGAAUAUGAAAUAUGCAAGCUCGGCAUUAAAAACAGCACAUAAAGAAAUGGGUGUUGAAGAUGUGGACGAUUUAAUGGCCGAUGUCCAUGAACAAAUGGAUAUAGCAAAUGAGAUUACAGAUGCCAUCUCAAAUCCAAUAGGUUUUGGAGCAGAUGACAUUGAUGAGGAUGAGUUGAAUGCAGAACUUGAAGAAUUAGAGCAAGAAGAUUUUGAUGAGAAGAUGCUUGACGUUGAGAUAGAAUUACCACAAGUACCAAGUGCAUCAUUACCAGCUACUAAAAAGAAAGUUGCUCAAGAAGAGGAAGAUGACAUGAGAGAGCUUGAACAGUGGGCCAUGUAGAAAUCGUCUCAUCCAUUGAUUAUACCCUAUUCUGCUUUCUUUAGAGGAUCAAUCAACAAACGCAACCAUUUGACAACAGAAUUCUGCUGGGCCCUGUCUUACAAAGAGUUAUGUUUGAUCUGAUCAAGCGUAACUCUAUGGAUAUCCAUCAGUGUAAUAAUUUUUUCUACAGGAAAUUUGCACAAUGUCCCUUGUAAACAAAGAGAAGCACAGUGAAUUUUCAAGAAAACAAUGAAUGCAUGAAUAUGCAUCAUACAUGUAGCUAGAAAAUAUUUUGAACAAACAUGCAUAAUAGAUGUUGACGUUGCUGGCCGUUCAUAGUUGUGAUUGAUCGGAUCAAUCCUAACUCUUUGUAAGAUGGGGCCCAGGCUUUGGAUACGGGCAACCAGGCUUCAAAAGGCAAUAUGUUCACUUGGUAACUAUUGAACUCUAUGAUUCCCAUAGGGACAACCAGUUUCCAAAGGCCAAGGGGUUCAUCUACAUGUAUUGUCUACUGAAUUCUGUAAUUCCCAUCUAGGGUUUGGACAGGGCAACCAAUUUCCAAAAGGCAAUGGGUUAAUCUAUUGACUUCUGAUUUCUGUGUUUCCUGUUGGCUUUUACUUAGAAAGAACAACUGGCUUCCAAAAGGCAAUGGGUUAAUCUAUUGUCUACUGAAUAGUGUGAUGCCAUUAGAUUUACAAAGGGACAUUCUCUAGGUAAUAACCUGUCGACUACUGAAUUCCGUGAUUCCCAUAGUCUUUGCAUAGGAAUAAUCAGUAGGCAAUGGGUUUAAACCAUUGUCUUAUGUGAUUCCAUUGGAUUUGAAUAAGAAAAACAUGCAGUAGGCAAUGGGUUUAACAUGUUGACUUGUGAAUUCUGUAACACCCAUAGGCUUACCACAGGGAUAAGCAGUAGGCAGUGGGUUAACCCAUUAACUUCUGAAUUCUGUGAUUCCAAUGGGCUUUGCACAGGGUAUGAAUGUAUGAAUGUAUUUUGGUAUUGUGAUUCAUUGAUGACUUGGCUCUAUGUCAAGGCCAUUAUUCCCCGCAUGUAGAGAAAAAUAAAUGCAGUUGUUUGAUCCUCUUUAUUAUCUUCUUUAAAAAAAGUAUAUGAAUUUGUUUAGUGAUAAUGGUUAUCAUGGUUUUGGACACUGGAAUGUAGUUUUAAUAGAGUAGAGGGGGAGUUUGCCAACAAAAAGAAAUGUGCGAAGCAUUCUUCAUGAGGAAAACAGAAGCUGCUAUGUUUGUAAAUGUGUAGUGAACAUGUUGGCUAUUUGUACAGAUAUAAAUUUAUUUUAUCAAUAAUAGCUUCCUUGAAAUAUAUGACUUGAUAGGUUUAAAAGAAAUGAGGGAAGGGGGGGGGUGUUGCAAUUUUCUGUGAAAUUCUUUCCAGACCUACAUUUUGCUGUACGUGUUCAUUCUACCCUGUUAAUGUUAUGAACAAUGUUUUGUUUUGAAAUUAUCACGUAGGAGAUUAUUCAUGAAUUUACACCACUCUGCCUUGUCAAAAGGUAUUAUUCUUUUAUUUACACUUGACUUUCAUGUACAUGUAUGGUAAAGUGAUUCAUUGUAUUAUUUUGGUUUUUACCGGUAAUUAGUAGUGUUGUAUUGUCAUAAAGUACUAGGAACAUUACGUUUGCAAUCGAUGCAUUUCUGCUAAUAUUAGAAUAUGUACAUGUACAUGUAAUAAAUAAGGACUCAUAUGACCUUGUUCAAAACAUGACCCUGAUUUCUAACAUUGCUACAUGUAUUAUGUUGUCUAGUUUAAAAGAAAAUUCUAGAAAGAAAAAAAUGCUCUUUCCUCAUUUCAUUUAUUAACCAAGCUUAACAGUGGAAAUUAUACUCUUAACAAUGGCAACUACAUGUAGGCCCUACUGGUAUUCUUUUCAAUGCACUGAUUA